AUGGGACAUCCUGCCGAUUCCAUGCAACCUUCCUCAGAGACAAACGUCAUUUUCAAUGUCACCGGAACGACUACUGCCAUCGCCGAUCAUUCUUUUGUAAUGGCCACUGGUUCAUUUGAUCCCUUGAAUAUAUGCAUUCCUUCCGUUGGUAGUGCUAUUCAACUGUCCACACGUUAUCAUGACAUCAACAACAAUGUCCUACGUUUGGACUUAGAAGACAUUGGUUAUCUUCGUGCUGCACCAUCCGCCUCUUUUUCCUCUACUCCCAAAAAAAGGACCUCCACCAGUUCCACUGGAGGUAAUGAGUCUGUUCAUGUCGACAAUCCGUCCAUAACAUCCACUAGCAUUCCUGUCCCUUCUUUUCUUGCCCAGCCUUCUUUACAGCCUCCCGAAACUCCCAAUCUGCCAACUAAUUCUAUUACACCACCUGAAAAUGUUUUCGAUUUUGUGAAUGUGUUCCCUUCCUCCCUUCCUCCUCCUCCUCUCGAAUGUGACCAAUCCAUAACAGACGACGUUCCUGAAUCGUCCAAGUCCCACAAAAGAGCCAAAAAAAUGUAG